AUGAAUUCAAGUUUCGUGCCAGUCGGAACACAGAACCGACGUACUCGUCAAACUGGGGAAAGUUUUCCUGCAGUCUUGGUGCUUAUUUUACUCAUUUCUAUUUGGUUCCUGUCCAAUUUUACUAUAUUUAUCUGCGCCAUUGUACUCGUUCUGGGUGCGAAGUUAAUUACUGAUACUUGUGAAGAAAGGAAAAAUGUAAUCGGUACUUCGUCACAACAGCUACGGGCACAUGCGGUAGAACACGAUUAUUCUGAACGAAUUUCGGUCGCUGUGAAAGAACCGCAACAUGAACCUGUUCAGAAUAUUGUUUCAACCGAUCCAAACAACCAUAUCCGACUAUUAUCCGAACGAGACGAAGAACAAAUUAAUAACUGGAUUGUCGACGAGACGGUAUAUGGGGUUUCAAUUACGAGCAACGAUGAUCGGGUUGCCCAUACUUCAGAUGCGAUGCGUCCAGCCGCAGAUCUAUCGAUGUCCCCAUUGUCUGCCAGUGAUACACCUCCAUUUAUAACUGAGAACCCAAUGAAGAUAGCUAUCUCAUAUUCAGGAAAAAAUCGAAAACGUGUUCUGAAGAUUACACGACUUUUACAAAAUCAUAUGAAUCGGUUGAAUUCUUCAGAUUCCGUUUUUAUCGAUCAAGACUAUCAACAUGAAAUUUGCCAAAUUAAUGGUCACAAAUAUAUACAUACCAUGAAUCCACCCAUUGCACAGGCGAAUGGCGAGCCAUUGUCGACAGGUUCAUUACGAACGCCAAAUAUGAAAACGUAA